AUGUCCGUCCCUCACGGAAAAGUGGUCUCAACCGAGACUGCCGCUACACCAGAGGUGGGAACUCUCACCUCUCUCCUCACACAUCCGUUAUUACAAGAUCCGAAGUUCGUUGCUGCCGCGGGAGGCCUGGUAGUGCUCCUUCUUUUCCUUUCUUUGUUCCGAUCAGGGAAGAAAACAUCACGGCGUUCUGGUCCAUCGACAAUACUACUAGUUGGUUCAAGUGAUGGAGGAAAAACAUCUAUAUUCACAAAGCUCGUUCAAGGUAUAUAUCCUCAAACACACACUUCCAUCCAAGCAUCCUCCACGACAAUCUCAUUCCCUUCACCUGAUUCUGAUGGACAAGUAAAGCCAAUCAAGCUGGUCGAUCUACCUGGACAUCCCAGACUUCGAGAUGAACUCAAGAAACACGUAAAAGAUGCUAGUGGUGUUGUAUUUGUAGUUGAUGUUCAAGCUUUAGUGAGGAAUUCAGCUUCUGUUGCAGAAGAGCUCCCUCCAAUUUUGAUCGCUCUAUCGAAUCUUUCUACAGCUUCUUCGUCGUAUGAACCAAUCAAAUUUCUCAUCUUGGCACAUAAAUCAGAUCUUCUCGUUAGACCCUCCCCGCCUACCACACGUUCACCACCUGACAUUCCCGAGGCAAGCUUGACGACAGCCAGAGAAAGAGUCAAGUCGAUCUUGACCAGAGAGUUGGAUCGACUAAAGUCAUCCAGAGGUGGAAGUGGUGGGAAGAUAGAAGGGAUGGGCAAAGUUGCUGGUACAUCAAAUGCAGGAUUUUUCAGUAAGAUUCUCGGAUUCGGAGGUGGAUCAGUGGAUGUGGGUGGACAAGGUGAUGAAGGUGAAGAUGAAAGUUUGAUUUGGGGUGGUAAAGGACCUUUCAAGUGGGAAGAUGUGGAAGGCGUCGAGAUUGAAUGGGGAGCAAGUGGAUUAGGGGUGGUCAGUAAUGGACCAAAUGACCAAGAGAAAGGAGAAGGUAAUGGUUUAGAUGAAUUAAGGAGAUUCAUCUGGGAAGUAUAG